AUGCAAUUUCCCGAUAGAACCAGUAAUAAUAGCGCAAUGUCCUCUUCAUCUCUCACCGCUAUUCCUCCGGUGCUCAUUGUUUUAGUCCUCGGAACAAAAGCUCUGCAGCUGCAUCAAUAUUUUCAGACCGCACUAUUGUACCAAGUGCGAAUCGGGUUACGCGUGUCGCCCAAGGUACCGGUUCACAUUGAGGCUUCCGUGUCAAGUGGCAAUGGUGCAGCGAGGACUGGAAGACCGGCAGCCAACGCCUCCCUUAUUGGAGGCCUGGCUGCUUCCAGGGCAUUUCAGAUCAUGUACAGGAAUGAAGAGGUCACUUUGCGAGACAUCGUGCAUUUUAGAGCUCAUUUGUUAGUUGAUAGCCGCAACCUCAAAGAAUCUCUCGAGAGGGCAGAAUGGAGUCUCGGAGUAGAACUAUGGUGCAGCGAGGGUGCCCAAUCCAGUACACUUGCUCCCGUAUCUUGCCGCGUGUUGAAACUCCAUUUCCAACCCUCCAAUGGCUUGCAUUAUCAUUUGCCUGUGCUGUUCGAUUACUUCCAUCUAUCAGCAGUUUCCAUCACUAUACAUGCCAGUCUGGUGGCUUUACAUCAACCCUAUAUAAAUACACCACGUUCCAGCAAACAAUGGGGGAAGUUAAUGAAAAGCGCUGGUUCAAGCUUCAACGCCUCAGGAAGUUUCGAAAACAUCUUGUUCGGUUCUGGUGGAAAAUGCGCUGGUGGUAACUCAAGCAAAAUUGCACAUGCGAGACAAGUUCACGCCGAGGUAUGCGGAAUUCUUCUUGGAUCGUUAGAAGGCCUGCAAAGUGCUUUAGCAGUAUGUGGUUCCACAGGCGUUACCCUUACUCCAGAUGAAUCAUCGAACUCAAUUGUCGGUGAAGUCGCACAGAGGAUGAAGGAUAUAAGUGAUCUUUGUAAGAAAUCGGAUGCUGGUGAAGAAGAGGAAUGGGCAAUGGGUGCAGCACACGAUAUCGCAAGACUUUGUGCUGAAGUGACUCUAAGAUGGCGUGCUUUCUUACAUCAUACGUCAGAUAGGCCACAUGUUCAUCAUGCACUCGCAGCUCGACAUCAUGCUCUUCGUAUCAAGCGAUUCGCAGAAUGCUUUUUCGUGUUAGACAAUCCACGACACUCGCUAGCAGGCUGCUACGACAGCAACUACCAAUCAUAUCAGAGCGUUGGUGACAUGGCACGAAGGUCACGAUACUUAGCCCUGCUUCCACCUCUGCCUGUUCACUGCAUUGCAUUAGAUGGCGAUCCACAUAUAAUGCCCAUCAUUUUCGAAGACAGGUACCAAGAUACAGCUGAGUUCGCAAGGAGGAGAUCGUUUUUGAACUCAAACGCGAGUAAAUCUGGAAGUGAUCCAUUUUUGUGUUCUGAUACUGUGGCAGACGAUUGUGCAUGUAGUGUUAGUUCCAUGAUGGACUCUAGAAGGCCAUCAUCUGAAGCUUCAAGAGUUACUUUAACAUUACCCAAAAAUAUGGACGUUUUAGAACCCCAGUACAGUACAGGAAAAUCAGCAUCGAAUGUGCUGCAAGCAACAUUGACUCUUGCUCCCCAAAAAUCCGCUAGAGGAUCUCCUAAAAGAACCCUUGUCAAGCAGAGCGUAACAGAACUUACAAAACCACAUAACAAAAACCUAGAGAUAACGGGUAGAAAUCGAUACAUAGUGCAAAAUAAUAAAAUAACUGAAAUUCAAUUACCACCGAACAAUGCCUUUUCUUCUUGUCCUAUCCAGCAAGGGCAACAAUUAUCCCGAUAUUCAGCUUCAACAUUAUUAGAUAUUAAUGGGUCGAAAAAUAAUGCCCCACAAAUUAGUAAAUCAGAUCACAACGAAGUAUUCGGUCGGAAACAUGAAAUAACUAGUGGUGUUAGUACAUUACCAGCUAGACAUAGUAAGUCACUUGACCAGCUUCGGCUAUCACAAAACAUGACGCCGUUAAGCGUGCAAACGCUUACUAAAAAUGUAAGAAAUAAUUCUAACGCUUCCGUGAACUAUCCCAAGCCGUAUGUGCCGCCACAACAACCAAAACCAACGACGCUACCGAGAAGUGUAACAACUACGUCAUAUCCAACCAGUACGACUACGAGAUGCGGUCCGAAGGGAGAUGAAUAUAGAAGGAAUAUUAACGAAUUUAGAGAGAAAUACAAGAACCCGUGCACACUGAAUACCAGCUCUCAUGGGUCGAAUGAAGUAUUUCACAAUGUAGGGUAUAAGUAUAAUGGAACGACGAAAUUGAAUUCAAACCAAGUAUAUGGUUAUGCUUUCGGUAAUCAGGGUACAAUGCAAGUAAAUAAUAAUAUUCGUAAUCCUCUAGAAUUUCAACGAGGCUAUUCUGUAAAUUUACCCCGUCCUAUGUUGCCUCCGCGUAAUUCUUAUCCACCGGUGAGUGGGAAAACUCAAGUGACUGAACAAAGUAACUUAGUAUCUAGUAAACAUGUUCAUAGAUCUAAUUCUACACAUGUGUUUCAUCAAAUAGAAAAUCAGAUAGAUAUUGAAGCAGCUCGCAACCAAUUGAGACAUGAACUUAACUAUUACUUACAAAAAGGUGACUGGAGCUACGAUUUUACUACUGGAAGUCUUAUUCAUAAUUAUCAGAAAAAAUCAAGUAAAAGCAGCGAUGACAGCGGCUUUGUUAUGACUUUAGAUAGAAGUAGCGAUGGCACAUCAAAAUCGACAUAUUCAAAAACCCCACCAUCUACACCUCAUUCCACGAUGCCAUCGAUAAGACAAAAGAGAAGUCGUUCAAAGGAAGCAAGACUCAAUCAUGCUGGAAAAGACGCAGCGAGGUUAAACUCAAGUCGAGAUUCGUUGAGUAGUCACCAUUCCAUACGAUCAAGAGAUAGCAAAUCGGAUCGUCAUACAUCUAAAUCGGAUCGAAGUACUCCUAAAUCCGAUAGAGCGACACCUAAAUCAGGAAAGGCUACGCCAAAGUCAGGCGUCAUCACUCCACGAUCAGGUUUAAUGACACCUAAGUCUGGAAGAGCCACUCCAAAAUCGGGAAUAGCUACGCCAAAAAGUGGCAGAUCAAGUGGAAAGCCAGACAAACGUUGCAAACAUAAACCAUCCGAAAAAAUGACUCAACUGAUGUCUGAAGCAGCAUCGUCCUCGAGUGAUGAAAGUAUUCCGUUUGAACUAAGAAGAUUGGAAUCCUCAGCGAGCGUCCCUUACAGCUUGGAUCAUGGCAACGAAUUGAGGCAUUGUAGAAGCGCUGCAUCGGUUUUAGACGAACCAAAUUUAAAUAAUACAUUUGGUUCUGAGUCUCUACCCAACUUGGCCCCACCUCCUGCAGCAUUUGAAUCGCCUCCAUUAGAUAUUACCGACAAAGACUUCAAAAUUUUGCCACCUGACAAUUUCCUAAAUAAAGAAGAAAAAAGAAGCCAAAGUUCAACUUCUAGUUUAAGUGAGCAAAGCGGUUGGGUAUCCAGUGGACGCAGUUCAGGCCAAUCAUCUCCAGACAACGCGAGCAGCGUUAAUCAAAACAUUCCACCUACCAGAAACACUGUAGCAAAAAGCACAAAUAAAGUUUACGAAGCUCCUACAGAAGUCCGAAAACGGGACAGUGAAAAAUUAAAAGAAUUUAAAAGAAGCAUUCUCAAUGGCGAACAACUAAGAGAAAGACUAAUGAAGUUAGCUGUUAACACCGAACAAAAGGAACAUGAGGAUAAAAUCGAGUGUUGCGAUAAAGAUGUUUGCGAGGAGUGUACCAUUUGUAGUGAUUCAAUAUGCACUGAUAGUCAAUGUGAGUACAAUAAAGUAAUGCAAAGCAACGGAAUAGAUACUGGUUGUACAUCUGACACCUGUCCAGCCACUUGCAAACAAUGUUCCGAAAUGAGUAGUAAAGUUAAUCAAAGGCAUAAUUCAUUCAGUGCAAUACAAAGUAAAACAUCUACUUCAAAGUCCUCUAGUGAAGGAGUCGUGAAAAAAUCACAGACUAUAAGUGAUAAUUUACAUCCAUAUGGAAGGAAAGAACUUCCUCCUAAACCUGAACCACUUCCGAUAAAAUCAAAUACUCUAGACAAAACAAAGUUAAGAGAUAGAAUCGAAUAUACUGAAAAACUUAUAGCCGCAGAGAUACGAAGCUUAACCGUCGGUCGCCCUUGUAAAAAUCACAAGGGAGCAAGUGCGGGACAAAAGCCUCACGGAAAAGCGAAGUCCGAGUUAGAUUUAAGUCAUUAUAUUCCUGACAAUGAUUACGAGCAUUUACCACCACCACAGCAAUUCCGAGAUGCACCACCACCACCCGAUCAGUUUAAGGAUCCUCCUUCAAAAUCGCCAAUGCUCAGUCGUCAAAGUAGUAAAUCGUCAACACCAUCAAAAUCAAGGAAAGUAGAGCAACCAACGAGUCUACAAUUAGAUAACCCGCUGUAUCAUGUCUGCGAAGAAUUUUUAGAAAGACGAAAGUCACGACCUCAAAAGACUUCAAGUGUGUCUGCGUCUUCCGCAACGAGCACAUUGAAUAAAAGCCAGAGCACGGGAGAAUUAGCUUCGAGAAAUGACAACGGCUGUAGUAAAGAACGCGAAAGCAACCUCGUCAGUAUAUUUGGACUAGCGGAAUCUGAAAGACUGUUUGUGAAGUGUAGAGAUGAGUUUAGACAGAGCGUGAAAUAUCCAGGGGCAAUUUACUCAGACUUUCCGCCGGUGGAAAACUCCCUUCCCUAUUUCCACAUUAGCGACGAGUACAGAAUGUUCAAUCCGGAGGGUCUUCAUCUUAUCAUAUGCGUGCAUGGGUUGGAUGGCAAUGCAGCUGACCUGCGUCUAGUUAAAACAUAUUUAGAAUUAGGUUUACCUGGAGCGCGUCUAGAUUUCCUGAUGUCCGAAAGAAAUCAAGGAGACACGUUUUCAGAUUUUGAUACAAUGACCGAUAGGCUGGUCCAAGAAAUUCUAACUCACAUACAAAACUCCAGCGAACCGACGCGAAUCAGUUUCGUCGGGCAUUCCUUAGGCACAAUAAUAAUUCGGUCUGCUCUCGCGAGACCACAAAUGAAGCCGUUCCUCGGGAGACUACAUACAUUCCUAUCGCUUAGUGGUCCCCAUUUGGGGACUUUAUAUAACUCUAGUGGGCUUGUUAACGCAGGUAUGUGGUUUAUGCAAAAGUGGAAGAAGUCAGGUUCUCUACUUCAACUCUCUCUGAGAGACGCGUCAGACCCGCGGCGUUCUUUCCUCUACAGACUCAGCGAACGGAGUCAACUGCAUCAGUUCAAACAUAUCUUGCUUUGUGGGUCUGGCCAAGACAGAUACGUUCCAUUACAUUCUGCGCGGCUUGAGCUAUGCAAAGCGGCUGCUAAAGACACGUCCUUACUGGGACAAGCUUAUAGAGAAAUGGUGCACAACAUGGUCUCGCCUCUAGCAGCACGAGCCUCAUCAGCAGCAGUCGUGCGGUAUGAUGUCCAGCAUGCCUUACCCCACACAGCCAGCGCACUCGUCGGCAGAGCAGCUCAUAUUGCAGCACUUGACUCUGACCUGUUCAUAGAGAAAUUUCUUUUAGUAUCAGCUCUUAAAUAUUUUAGAUAG